AUGGAGCUGGCUUCUCGCCAGGAGCCGCCGCUCCGCUGUGACGUCAUACCCGGUGUGUCGUCUUUAGAAGCAGCGAAAGACUUCACAGUCGACGGUUUGACCGGCUACAACGGGAAGAAGAAAAAGAAAAAAAGGAGACAUAGCCGGACCAUUUUCACCUCGUACCAGCUGGAUGAGCUGGAGAAGGCGUUCAAAGACGCCCACUACCCCGACGUAUACGCGCGAGAGAUGCUCUCCCUCAAGACAGACCUGCCCGAGGACAGGAUACAGGUGUGGUUCCAAAACCGACGUGCGAAGUGGCGCAAAACGGAGAAAUGCUGGGGCCGGUCCACCAUCAUGGCGGAGUACGGCCUCUACGGUGCCAUGGUGCGUCACUCGCUGCCGCUGCCCGAGACCAUCCUCAAGAGUGCUAAAGACAACGACAAUGUCGCCCCGUGGCUGCUCGAUAUCGGAGACAUAUUGAUUGGUCAGGUUGAGGUAGAAAAAUCCGCGAUGUUCAAAGGCUACGGGCCUACGCAGCGUAGCCGCUACGCAAUACGGGGCACCGUUACCCGUUCCCUAUGA